AUGGGGGAACCUUCCACCUCAGUGUCCCAGGGCACCUCUCCUGAGACUGCGGCUUCAACCUCUUCCACUCGCGCUCCAACGUCUACUCUUGAGACAACGCCCAGACUCGUCUCCACCACAGCACAAAGCUCCAGCCCAGCUCCUGGAACGACCACUGCAGUCCCUCCCAGCUCAGCUGGAACAUCCACUCGUGCUCAAGUCACAGGCGCUGCUACAGAGACAAGAGAGGCGACCAGCACGGUCCGUGCACAAACAUCCUCCUCUGCUCCUGGGACAAGCCAGGAGAGCACCUCCGCUCUUCCUCUGAGCUCUACUCUGGAGACCACUUCCCCAACUCUCACCACAACUACACCCACCAGCUCCUCUACUGGUGCCUCUACAGCCACGUCAACCCUUGAGGCCACCUCCACAAUGGGGGAACCUUCCACCUCAGUGUCCCAGGGAACUUCUCCUGAGACUGCGGCUUCAACCUCUUCCACUCGCGCUCCAACGUCUACACUUCAAAGCAGUACAAGGUCCGUCUCCACCACAGCACAAAGCUCCAACCCAGCUCCUGGAAUGACCACUGCAGUCCCUCCCAGCUCAGCUGGAACAUCCACUCGUGCUCAAGUCACAAGCGCUGCUACAGAGACAAGAGAGGCGACCAGCACGGUCCAUGCACAAACAUCCUCCUCUGCUCCUGGGACAAGCCCAACUGCUGAGAGCACCUCCGCUCUUCCUCUGAGCUCUACUCUGGAGACCACUUCCCCAACUCUCACCACAACUACACCCACCUCUACGCCACCCACCAGCUCCUCUACUGGUGCCUCUACAGCCACGUCAACCCUUGAGGCCACCUCCACAAUGGGGGAACCUUCCACCUCAGUGUCCCAGGGCACCUCUCCUGAGACUGUGGCUUCAACCUUUUCCCCUCAGGAAGAAACAUCCCCUCUUCAGACCACCUCCACAGUGUUCUCCACCGCCACACGAGGCUCUAGCACAGCUCUUGAAAUGACCACUUCUCACGUCAUUGUCUCCACAGCAGCUCCAUUUUCUACUCAGACAUCUCUCGUUUCUGUUCCUGCUCUCAGCAGUACAGUGUAUUUUCGAACGACUGUGAUACCUGAUGUUAAUACUGCUCUCAAAACAAGUAAGUAA